ACUGGAUCGGCGAGCGCGGCAGGGGGAAGCGGAGACUGGGCGCUUGGCGAAAGAGCGGAGCGGCGGGGAAGGAGGCGGCACCGCCGCCCCUGAGUACUUCACUGACUGCCUCGGACAUCAUUUUCUUGCAGCGAAUGCUGCUCGCUGUGGCAUUGCCGUGGUUACCUCCUUUUGGAGAGCGGCAGCAUCGCGCUUAGAGAUAACCGCGGUGUUACAGGUAGAGCAUGCAUGCAGUGUUCAGUGACAGAAUAUUUAAGGUACAUGCACGUCUAUGGCAAGUUCAUCAGAUGGUGUGACCAACUAUGAGCAUCAGCUGAAGUUGAGCAUGGAGAUCGGGAAGUUCCAGCAAGCUGAGAAAAGGAACUAUUUGGAAGAGUUCUGCUAGACAUAGAAGAAGUGGAACACAUUCUUCUGCAAAAGUCAUUGACUCAGAGUAAAUACACGAAUUAAAAAUCAUCAGCAGUGAAAUGAUAGACCCUGGUGCUUUUUAAUUCUCUAGUGGAUUUUAUUACUUAGGUAUUGCUAUUGACAUUUUUAUUAUCCCAUUUAGUACAUCUCGAAUCUAUCUGUAAAUUAGAAUAUAACUGGACAAUUGCAUUUUUAUACUGUUUAAUAACUCUUUGAAUGUUAAAUCAUUUGCCAAGAUGAGUGCUGAAGGAUAUCAGUACAGAGCUUUGUAUGACUACAAAAAAGAGCGAGAAGAAGACAUUGACUUGCACUUAGGAGAUAUAUUAACUGUGAAUAAAGGUACCUUACUAGCACUUGGAUUCAACGAAGGGGAAGAAGCAAAGCCUGAGGAAAUUGGUUGGUUAAACGGCUUUAAUGAAACCACAGGGGAGAGGGGGGAUUUUCCAGGAACUUACGUAGAAUACAUAGGAAGAAAAAAAAUAUCCCCCCCAACCCCGAAGCCUCGUCCUCCUCGGCCCCUUCCUGUAGCACCAAGUCCGUCAAAAGCUGACGCAGAGAGUGAGCAACAAGCUUUUUCACUUCCGGAUCUUACAGAGCAGUUUUCACCUCCUGAUGUUGCUCCUCCAAUCCUCAUCAAGAUCAUAGAGACAAUUGAAAAGAAAGGUCUGGAGUGCUCAACUUUGUAUGUAACACAAAGCUCAAGCAGCUCAGCAGAAUUAAGACAGAUUCUUGAGUGUGAUGCCUCUUCAUUGGAUUUAGAAACUUUUGAUGUGCACACUUUAUCAGAUGCUCUCAAGAGGUAUCUCCUAGAUCUGCCAAAUCCCAUAAUUCCAGCAACUGUUUAUAGUGACAUAAUUUCUGUGGCUCAAGAUGUGCAAAGCUCAGAAGAAUAUGCACAGUUGCUGAAGAAACUCAUUAGAUCUCCAAAUAUACCUCACCAAUACUGGCUCACACUCCAAUAUUUGCUCAAACAUUUCCUCAGACUUUGUCAAGCCUCCAGCAAAAAUCUAUUGAAUGCAAGGUCUCUAGCUGAAAUUUUCAGCCCUCUCCUUUUCAAAUUCCAGAUAGCAAGCUCUGAUAAUGCUGAACACCACAUAAGGAUUCUAGAGAUUUUAAUUACAAGUGAAUGGAAUGAGAGACAGCCUGUACCAGCACUGCCUCCUAAGCCACCGAAACCUAAUACUGUAACUAACAACGGCAUGAAUAACAACAUGUCAUUACAAGAUGCUGAAUGGUACUGGGGAGAUAUAUCAAGAGAAGAAGUCAAUGAGAAACUUCGAGACACUGCCGAUGGUACCUUUUUGGUACGAGAUGCUUCAACCAAAAUGCAUGGAGACUACACACUUACUCUAAGGAAAGGAGGAAAUAACAAACUAAUCAAAAUAUUUCACCGAGAUGGGAAAUACGGCUUUUCUGACCCGCUGACUUUCAACUCUGUGGUUGAGCUAAUAAACCACUACCGGAAUGAAUCUCUAGCUCAGUACAAUCCCAAACUGGAUGUGAAAUUACUGUAUCCAGUGUCUAAGUACCAGCAGGAUCAAGUUGUAAAAGAGGACAGCAUUGAAGCGGUGGGUAAGAAAUUACAUGAGUAUAAUACCCAGUUCCAGGAAAAAAGCCGAGAAUAUGACAGACUCUAUGAAGACUACACGAGAACAUCUCAGGAAAUUCAAAUGAAAAGAACAGCUAUUGAAGCAUUUAAUGAAACAAUAAAAAUAUUUGAAGAGCAGUGCCAGACACAAGAGAGAUACAGUAAGGAAUACAUUGAAAAAUUUAAACGAGAAGGAAAUGAAAAAGAAAUACAAAGAAUUAUGCACAACUAUGAAAAACUGAAGUCUCGAAUAAGUGAAAUUGUGGACAGCAGGCGUAGAUUAGAAGAGGACUUAAAGAAGCAAGCAGCUGAAUAUAGAGAGAUAGACAAGCGAAUGAACAGCAUUAAGCCAGAUCUCAUACAGCUGAGGAAGACAAGAGACCAGUACUUGAUGUGGCUGACUCAGAAAGGUGUUCGGCAAAAGAAGCUGAAUGAAUGGCUUGGAAAUGAAAAUACAGAAGACCAAUACUCUAUGGUGGAUGAUGAUGAAGACCUGCCACAUCAUGAUGAGAGAACAUGGAAUGUGGGAAAUAUCAAUAGAAGCCAAGCUGAAAAUCUUCUGCGGGGAAAGCGAGAUGGAACAUUCCUUGUUCGAGAGAGCAGCAAACAAGGCUGCUAUGCCUGCUCUGUUGUGGUGGAUGGAGAAGUGAAGCACUGUGUGAUAAACAAAACACCUACUGGGUAUGGAUUUGCAGAGCCAUAUAACUUGUACAACUCUCUCAAAGAACUGGUGCUACAUUAUCAACACACAUCACUCGUGCAGCACAAUGACUCUCUCAAUGUCACACUAGCCUACCCAGUAUAUGCACAGCAGAGGCGAUGAAGAUCUUAAUACUCUGGGUUGUUUGGUUUUUUUCUAAAGAAGAGAUUUGACAACAUUGAGGCCUCUGGAGAGAGAAGGCUCCUUUCAGCCUUACUCAAGAAUUUGAGCUGCAGUGUCAAAGCUGUCUGUCUUCAGAUGGGACUAGAGCUUUCCUACAACUGCAGUGGGAGAGAUCACAGUAUUAAGCUGUGAGCGUAUGUUUCUAAUCUGAAGUGCUUUUUUUUUUUUCUUUUUUUUUUUUAAUCUUCCCAGUUGAGAAAUGGAAAACACAAGAGUGAGAAAUCCUAACCUGAUCUCCCUGCAGGGACAUAGAGGCCUUUAACCAUGGUGCUUGUUUACGACCACUUCUGAAGCUUUACCAGCUAGAACAUUGGAUUCUGCAGACACAAGAUUUAAGAGGUCUUUUCAUUCAGUUAUUGGAAUUUCUUGGUCAUGACCUGGCUUGGAUUUGGUGUUGCUGCACUCAGUGAAUCCAGACAUACAGCAUUGUGGAUUUUUUGAUUUCUGGUGAAUGACAUGUAGCAGAAUGGCACUUUCAUUUAUAAGGGACACUUUAAAGGACUUCAGUUACAGUAUGCUGUUAGGAGAAAUCGUGAUAGUGAAGUGCCAGAAAGUGUUUUGCUUAGACAUUUAAAAAUCCUGUUUCAAGAAAACAGGACUUUCCGUGGCAUACAGUCUAUAAUAAUGUACAUAGUAUUGGAUGGCUAACUGUCAUUGAUGGAAACUAUCAAUACCAAACUGCUUCUCUUUUCCCCCUUCUGUUUGCUGAAAGCUGAAUUCUUAGACCAUGCUAUGCAAUACUGAAUUUUCUUUAGGCUGUAGUCUUGAGCAUGUCUACAGGUUGUUUUUCUUUCCUUGUUUCCUUUUCCUUCUUUUUACUUUUUUUUUUUUUUUUUUUUUUUUUGCCUGAUGAUAUAUUUUUUUUUAAUGUACAGGAAGCCACCUAGAGUUGGCUUCAUAAUUAAAACUAUGAAAUAUUUUACAGUUUUCUUUGUACAGAAUAUUGAGCUACUAGCUCCAAGUUUUAAAAGUUUGUAAUUUUUUUCUCUUGUUUUUUUUCCUUUUCUUUUCUUUUCUUUUUUUUUUUUUUUUUUUUUUUGACUAAAUAUUUUGUUGGGCAGUGCCUGAUAAGCUUCAAAGCUGCUUUAUUCAAUAAAAAAUGUAUGAACCAUACAAAAUAUCAUGGACUCCAACAAUACUGUUUCAGAGAUAUCUUUAGAAUACGGUACCACGCUAUGUUUGCUUUUUGAAGCAUUUUGAACUUCUGUCAUGAUUGUCUUUGUAUUUAGAAGAUAAAAAAUUGUGUAUCCUUCUCUGAUAAUGACUGCAGAAAAACAGGAAAAUUUGGCUACUGGGUUAGAUAGGUUGGAUUUCAGAAUGAAAUCGUGCUUCAUAGUAAAUAAAUGACAUCUUGAUCUACUGUGGCAGAUUUUUUGUCAGCAUGUCAAGGUAUUUUCAUUUCAUAUGAAGGAAGUUUCUCUAAACUGUUGCCGAAGUUUGUUUUUCAUAUUACUAUUCUGAAAAAUGUUCCCAUCUUUAGGUAGAACAAUUGGGUACAACAUAGAACGAAUUACGACUGGAAAACCUCUGUUUUGAAAACGAUAAGGUUUUCCUAAUUAACACUUUGGAUUUGUUUUCAUAACUUUGUAGACUGAGCGAAUAUCAAAGCGAACACUUUCCUAAUUUCAAGCUCCAGAGAUUUUUAGAGUUACAGUUCAGUUAAAGAAAAUAAACAAAAAAAAAUUCCACUGAAGUAAACUUAUUAGCGAUUCUGGGGCAAUUCACUGUGUAUGGUUUGCAAUGGUCAUGUUUUGCCAUCGAGUUGUCUCAUAAUCGCUCUGCUUUAGAGAUACAUGUGGUUUGAUUCCAAGUAUGCAAUGCUUCUUAAGCUAUUGGAAAUAAUAAGAAAUUUGCAGGUCUCCAGUAGUUUUUAUAUUGUCUUCUGUUUUUUACGUUAUCCCUUCAUUUAUGAGGCUGUAAAUCUUUUAUUUGUAUUUGGAUUUUGUGCUUUUUUUGGUAGGUUGUCUCUGCUUUCCUAUGGAUGUAUUUUCUUGCUAGAAUCUAUAUCAGGAAACAAGAUUCAACCAAGAUUCAUGUGUCAGGAUAGUUACCACUUGCAAAAUUAUUCUGAUUUUUUUUUUUUCUGAAUAGAAUUUUAGUCUUCAUGCCUUCCCUUCUGCAUUCCACUCUCUUUUCAGGCCUCUCAGAAUAGAACCAUGUAAAUUUGGUAUUCUAAUAACUGUUUUACUAUGAAAAACACCAACAAUUGCUCUAGCAUGACAGUCGUACUACUGGGCUUGAAGUUACAAAUUAGCUCAACAUACAACUUAACAUUUGUAGCAAUCCAAGGUAUUCUUCAGACAUAUAUAAUUUUUGAAUGUUAAAUAUUUUACGAGUAAAAUUGUAUUUUUUUUUUCUCUAUAAGCAAAAUAUAUGUAAUCUGAAUGGAUGUUUCACUUUGUAUUUCUCAAGAAAUGUCAUGGUAGUUAAGGCAUUUGGAUCUAAUUUUCCUCAUAUUAAGUAAACCUCUGCUGUGUCAGUGGGCCAUAUCCUUAGCAUGCCCAGCCCAGUAAGGGAUGCCAUUUGUUCCUGUCGUGCUGUACUACUUCACUUCAUCUGUGGUUCUAGCAGAGAAAAAAUAGUGUGCGUGCAAAUUUGGAACUUGCUUUUAUUGCACAAGCAACAAUGAGAAAUAAGCACUAUGUUGUGGGGAUAAAUGCUUAGGGCUUCGUUAAGGGAAGUUCUGCCUACACAGGGUCUGUGCAAUUCACAAGGAUCACUCGUGCCCUCAAAGUGGGCAUGAGUGGGAUUUCUUUGGUACCUAGGUAUUGUGUGGCCUCUGUAUUUCCCUCCCUCCUUAAUGCACGGAGCUGCAUCCUGCCAAAGGCCCUAUUCACUGCAGAGUUUGUCCUUAAUGUACCAUACUGUUCACUCCAGUUUUGAUUUGAUCUCAGACUAAUAAACAGGAGGAAAAAAAAAAAAAGCAAAAAAAAAAAAAAAAAAAAAAAAAAGCAUGUGGAUAUAACUGAAGAAACACAUUGCUUUUGUGUUUCUAUUGACGUGUACUUUUUCCACCUGAUGUGAUUGAAAGGUGGGUAUUGUUUUGGUUCUUUUUUUUCCGGUUGUUUGGGGAAUUUUUAAUUUCAUUUUCAAUCCCUGAAUUACGCUGCACUGCAGCAGCAGUUGUGCAAGGGUUUUGAAAGGCAUGAGGCAAGACACGGAGAACCAACACCCACAAGCAAAAUUAGGAGUUUCUGUUUGGGGAUAUUGCAUGUGUGCAUCUUGUGCAUAUGCGCACACACUUGCUGUGUUUAUAUAUGAAUAGAUCUCAGUAUAGGUGCAUUUUCACCAAAUGUGAUCAUUUUGCUGAAUUCAAUAAGUGAUAUCGUUGAUUUUGUGUAAGACACAAACGCACUAGACCUUUGUGGGUGCAGCAUGUUUCCAAAUGCAGUUUCUGUGUUGUUGUUUUUUUCUAUUUAAAAAAAAAAAAGAAAAAAGAAAAAAAAAAAGCUUGUCUGUAUAGUUCAGUUAUCUAAAAGAUCUUGUCAAACAAUCUGUGAAACCAAAUCUUCAAAUUUUCUAUUUGGUGUCAACUGUUCUGUAGUAAAGAAAUGGCUUUGUCUUGUAAUUGGCGAUGAAAUAAUAAUGCUUGGGAAAACAUGCAGAUGCUUCUAAUGGGGAAAACUUAUGCCGAUUUUCACACAGUGCUUUUGCUAUGCAUGGUAUUAAGUUGGGAAAGUGAAUCCUGGUAGUAUUUUUUUCAGGGUCACUUUUAGAAACGGGCAGCUCAAAACACAAUGCCUCCCAUAGGACGGGGUUCCAAAAUGCAACGUUUUGUGUAGAGCCGUGUUGUAUUUGCUGAGCGGAAGGCUGAACUGGACUGGGGGAGUUGGUAACAUUACAUUGCGCUUCUCGUAAUGAGACUGCAUUAGCUGCCCAAGAUGCUGCUAUUUUUUUGUUUCUAUUCUUGUUUUUAAAAAUAAAGCUCUGUUCUGUUAAAUGUCUUUAAAACAUUAAGAUUACUUUGUUUUAAAAUGGUCUUCAAGGAGGUGGAGGGUAAAGUGGGUUGUAAAUUGCCUUCACAAGGCAACAGUGAAAACAUGCCUCCUUGAAAUUCUGUUCAAGCUAUAGAGUUGAUGGAGCUGUGUCUUGUUUUUAAGUUGCUUUAAAAAUUGUAAUAAGUCUUCAAGCAGAAUAAAAGUUGUUUUGAAAAAGCA